UGUUCUUUUAUUUGAUCUUUCGCGUUCUUGUGGAUUAAAGCCCUAAAAUGGACGAGGAGGAAGUAGCGGCGAUAUGUCGAAACCCGGAGGAUUUCUCGGCCUCAGCCACAGUCAUCCCUUUUGAUUCGCCGCUCCCUCUCCUGCGAGGACCUGUUCCGGCUGGCCUCUCAGAUGACCCUACCGCCAGCCCCUUCGUCCUCGCUUUCAGAGACGCCGAUUCCUGGCGAUCUGCCUUCCGCUCUACCGAAGCAAAGAUGCUUGUUCAGUGUGAGGUUGGCGCACGCAUUGGAUGCUCAAUCUCUGCUUCUAACAAGUGCAAACCCCCUUGGUGGAAAGUUCUGUUUGGAAUUGCACGAAUGGAUUAUGUAGACAGAGAACAGUGCGAAGAGCGUGAGAUGGCUACUUGUCUUGCGGCUGCAAAAGAGGCAUGCAUUCAGUUUGCCAAGGAGAAAUGCUUGCAACCCUUCAGAGAUGCAAGAAUUGCUUCUGACAGUGUGAAUGGAAGCCCUCCGCUUGUUUUCUGGCACCACAAGACUGUCGAAAAAGAAUUGUCAGGCAAAAGAAAGGACUCUGAGCCAGCUUGUUUUGUUAAAGAAGUUUCCCAUGGUUCAUUGAAAUCCAACUGUGAAAUUUCAGUGACAAAUUAUAGGGGAAGUGAUUUACUGGAUGGUGUAUUUGGAGAGAACAGCCAAGCAACUGCAGCUGAUUAACCCACGAAUAAAUUGUGAUUAUAGCAUGCUGGAUUGCAUCAAGCACUAGUGCACUUCACAUGUCCAUAGCCGACUUAGCUUAGAGAGAGCAGGCCCCUGUACCUUCUUUCCUUAAGAGUGUUGUGUUCUUCAAAGAGGAUAUGGAAAACGAGAGAAACAUGUGGACACCGUAUGCCCUGGAUAUUCUGAUGCCAUAUUGCUUCUUGUGUGUCUUCUGCAGUUUCUGCUACCAGACAAUGUACGGCAUCUCAAUAGCAAUGUAAUAUUGGGGAAGUAAUUAGUGCUAUCAACUGUUUGAUUGUUUAUUUCCAGGUGGUGGAGUUGGGGUCGAUGAACUGGAGCAUGUCAUACGAGUGAUAAUAUACCAGGAACACGUUGAUGAAGAUGCCAAGUGGAACCUGCCACAAUUAUGGUCAUUAUGUUCAUAAUUCAUUCUAAUUAGUUGCCAUCUUUGGAUAUAAUUUUUCCUUCAAUAAAAGUUUUAUGACGUGGCCACUGGCGCUUUGAUCAUGCAUUGAUUAUGUAGUUGUAGAUUUGUUUUACUUGGAUGAAUUGGAUUGCAGCCGUUGUCUCUGUUCUCUGUAGAAAUCCGCCUUAGGCCAAAUAAUGACAUGUUACAGCAAUUCUUAGCUACUGGGAGAAGAAAAAGAUGGUACUGAGCUAAAAGGGUUGUCGUCCUGAGCACAUACGAUUUGAUUUGGCAUAUUAGACUGGAUUUUAGUUGCAGAUAACAAUUGUAAGCGGCAGCUUUCGAUCUUCUUACGAAUGAUAUCAGUUGUCUUUUUCAUUUA